GCCUGGUCAUGGAGGAGCAGGAAGGCAAUUUGGUGCUUUCCCUUGGAGCCAACACCAGCAAGUGCAGCCUUGAGACCAACCAAACAGGGGUCCCAACAUGCUGGGCAGGAGCAACCAGGGGAGGCCCCGAGGUGGUGAUUGUACCAGUGCUUUUUGGCUUGAUUUUUCUUCUGGGAAUGGUGGGGAACACAUUAGUGUUGGUUGUUCUGGGGCGUCUCCGGCCUGGGGGUCGCCCAUCACGCAGUGCUACCAACAUCUUCAUCCUGAACUUAAGCAUUGCAGACUUCUCCUUUCUGCUCUUCUGUGUCCCCUUCCAGGCCACUAUCUACUCCCUGCCAGAGUGGAUCUUUGGUGCUUUCUUUUGCAAGUGGGUUCACUACUUGGCCAUGGCAACGAUGCUGGUCAGCAUCUUCACCCUGGUGGCUAUGUCUGUGGACAGAUACAUCGCAGUGGUCCACGCCAAACGUUCGCUCUGCAUCCGCAGCAAGCGCAACGCUGCCCUCGGCGUGGGUGUCAUUUGGCUGCUGUCCCUACUCAUUGCCAUCCCUGUGGCCCAGCACCAGGCCCUCAUGAGUGGUCAUCAGCAAGCACCCAACAGCUCUUUCUGCUGGGAGCACUGGGCACAUGGUUCAACGGCCAAGCAGAUGUACAAGAUUACCAUCCUGCUGGUGGGAUACCUCCUGCCCCUGGUGCUCAUCACCUGCUGCUAUGCCAAGGUCUUAUAUCAUCUCCAUACAAAAGUAAAGAACAUUUCCAAGAAGUCAGAGAGAUCAAAGAAGAAGACAGCGCAGACAGUGCUUCUCGUGGUUGCUGUGUUCCUGCUGUCCUGGCUGCCACACCACAUCAUCACCAUGUGGGCAGAGUUUGGGCAGUUUCCCCUGAACAACAUCUCCUUCACCUUCCGCAUCAUCUCUCACUGCUUAGCCUAUGGGAACUCUUGCAUCAACCCCAUCAUUUACGCUUUCCUCUCGGAAAAUUUCCGCAAGGCCUGCCGGCAGGUCUGCACCUGCAAGUUCUUCCUGCAGCCUGAGAAACUGGUCAGGAUACGCAUGGAGAACUUCUCUACCACACACUCCACCACUAAUGUGUAAAUUGGGCUCACAAAUAUGUUUCAGGAGGAAGAGGAGGGAAGAGGGCGUUGUCUGG